AUGUCUGGCUGGGCACAACCAGGUGGGUUUAACCCCAACGCGAAUGCUUACAACCCACAGGGUCAACAGAGCUUUUACCCUCCACAGCAGCAGCAGCAGCAGCAGCAACAGCCCCAACGCGGAGGCUAUGGCGGCUACUCUGGUGGCUACUACCCCCCACAGCAGCAGCAACAACAACCCCAAGGAGGCGGCUACGGUGGUUAUGCUGGUGGCUACUACCCCCCACAGCAGCAGCAACAACAACCCCAAGGAGGCGGCUACGGUGGUUAUGCUGGUGGCUUUUGCCCUCCACAGCAGCAGCAGCAGCAGCAGCGACAACAACAGCCCCGACGCGGAGGCUAUGGCGGCUACUCUGGUGGCUACUAUCCUCCACAGCAGCAGCAACAGCCUCAAGGUGAAUACUAUGGUGGUAAUGCCUCUCCUACCCCCGUGGAUAAUAUUGCGAGCACGGCUUCACCGAGGCCACAGGAAAAGCCAAAGGCCUCUGCACUGGAUUCGGGAAAACUCUCGCUUGGCGGCUGCACCACGGAGCCUGUGGUAAUGCCCAAAAAAGGGAAGGCUGGCACGCUAUCCCUUGGAAAGAAAAAGACGGAGGAGGCUAAGCAGAAGAAUGAGGACGCCAAGGCUGAUGAGGAGAGAAAGGAGGGAGCCUCUGCCGCGGCGAAAACGUCGGACGAUAAAAAGGAGGGCGUCUCCUCGACCUCUAAAAUGACUCCAGAGGAGCUUCGCGAAUACGUGAAGAAGGAGAUAGCAAAACAGCGUGAAAGUAACAAGAAGGAAUUUGUGCGCGACCCACGUCCGCACUUUAACAUUGUAUUCUGCGGGCACGUGGACGCCGGCAAGUCCACCAUCUCCGGCCAUCUGCUAAUGGAGAAGGGUUUGGUGGAUCAGCGCGAGAUGGACAAGCUGCGCCGGGAAGCCGAGGUAUACCACCGUGAGGGUUGGGAGUACGCCUACGUUAUGGAUGUCUCUGAGGAGGAGCGGUCAAAAGGUAUCACCCGUGAGACGGGUGCUGCCUACAUUGAGACAGAAAAACGUCGUGUGACGAUUCUCGACGCCCCCGGCCACAAGGCUUUUGUUCCAUCCAUGAUUGGUGGAGCGACCCAGGCGGACAUUUGCGUGCUUGUCAUUUCCAGCCGUAAGGGUGAAUUUGAGACGGGAUUUGAGAAGGGCGGUCAGACACGGGAGCAUGCGAUGCUGGUGCGCACAUGUGGUGUGAAGCAGAUGAUCUGCGUCAUCAACAAGAUGGAUGAGUCCGGCUGGGACAAGGGUCGCUAUGACGAGAUUGUCGGAAAACUGAAACCCUUCCUUCGACAAAACGGCUACGAUGAGGAAAAGGGGAAGAAUCUUUGCUUUAUUCCUAUCGCCGGCCUUUCGGGAGAAAACCUUAUCCACCACUCCGCAGACGACGUCUGCCCAUGGUAUAAGGGGCCUACAAUGAUGGACUUCAUUGAUAAUCUCGUGCUGCCAGAGACGAAAAGUGAGCAUGAUGUGCUUUGCAUCCCCUUAGUCGGUUCCUAUAAAGACGAUGGACGUGUAUACAUUUAUGGAAAGGUCGAGUCCGGUUCCAUCGCGGUGGGCGAAAGAAUUCAAAUUCUCCCCACCAAAUUGGAGGCAUUUGUCGAGGGCAUCUCCAUUGAAUCGACAGAGUUUGAGAAGUGUUAUCCUGGCGACAACGUACACCUGCGGAUGCGUGGCCUGGACGAGGGCGACAUUCACGCAGGCUAUGUGGCGACGUCCAUCCCAACCUCGCUUCGUGCUACGGAGUACUUUCAGGCGCGAGUGGUGAUUCUAGACGUUAAGAAUAUCAUUUGCGCCGGCUCACGUGUCAUGCUACAUGCGCAUGCCGCCCAAGAGGAGGCCUCCUUCCACAAGCUGCUGGCAAAGGUUGACAAAAAGACCGGCGAGCUGCUGGAAAAGGAGCCUACCCACGCAAAGGCUGGUGAUGUGGUGAUUGCACGUAUGGAGCUGGAACGUUCUGUGGUAUUAGCGCCUCACAAGGAGUUUGACAAAAUGGGACGAUUUAUGCUGCGCGAGGACGGAAAAACUAUUGCUAUUGGCCUCGUCAUGAAACUCUACGAAUCGACCAAGGAGUCACUCGCCAAGUCCGGCAAGUCUUAA